AUGCCAGAAACAUUAUCUUGUUCUUCCAAGGGGUCCCCACAAAAACCCCGCAUGACUUUGGAUGCGCUGCCGUUUGAAGUCCGACAUCUCAUUGCACAGCAAUGUAGGCAAGCAGAUGCAUUCCGGCUAUGUUUGACGUGUAAGUCUCUCUAUGAGUCGACCAUUUCAAGACUCUACCAGUGCAUUGUACUGGAUUCAUCUCAUAAGCAUUUCAACAAGGAGGUCAAGUAUAAGCGGCUACGACCCAAGAGCGAUCUCUCGGAUUCGUAUUCAUCAUCUUCUUCAUCUUCAUUUUCUUAUGGGUUUUCUGGAGGUUUUCCAGGAUCUGUUUCGACUCUUGACUCGGAAGUGUCCAUCACCUCGAGUGCGUUGGACGAGCAUUCAGAUCAUAAUGAUAAGUAUUUUGCAUAUACGUCUGUACACACUGUUGGCGGGAUGCGGCGGUGUAUGCGAGCACUGACUAAAGACCCUUCGAAGGCGACGUACAUUCGUCGGUUUGAGGUUCUUAACAAUAUGGAUUUGCCUGAUUUUGAGAUUCGCCAGUUUUUGGCUCGCACACUACCAGCGAUGACCAAUCUUGCAAUAUUUGUGUGGAGUGCUACACCGCUAUUAACGGUGGAUUUGCUAGCAUCUCUUACGAGUGCGCCUGUGGAGACACUAUGUUUGGCAAUGAAGCUGACGCGGGAAACAGUUGGUGGGAUUUCAGAACUACAUUUCCCACAUUUGCAUAAGCUUGAGCUGGAGCCGUUUUUGGGGUCUGAGUUUUUACCGCACGUUGCGCGGAUGCUUGCCAACUCACCUGAAACAGUGCACAAUCUACGCCAUUUGCACCUGGACCGGUCUGCAGGCACGGCUGGGUCUGCGGGGGCCGGUGGUGGAGACCCAUUUUUGGCGUUUGCUUCGCUAGAUCCCCAGGGCGUGAUUACACCUGCGGGAGCUGGGGGACCUGUGGGGAAUGCAGGAGGGGUUGUUGGGCGAGACAAUCAUGCUGCAGACCUGACGACUCGGGGGCGAGCGUUUUGGGGGCUUGACGGGCAGAUGGACGAUAAGUGCAUAUCAGCCUUUUUCGGGACGUUGAGGGAGCAGCUUGUUGAGAAGCAGGAGGAGUCUAGACGAGGCAGUUAUUCGCCUUUGCGAUCUUGUUCGAUUCCUAUUCCAGGAGGGGUGAUUUAUGGGCCUCCGGGGAAGCUGCACCUUGAGUAUCUUGGGUUGCGCGGUGUGAUGGUACGUGGACAUGAAGACUUUGCAUUGUUGGAGCAGUGUGUUGAGCUGAGUGUUCUUGAGCGGCUACAUCUUAGCGGUGUGGAUACUUAUAAUAUGGAACUUGAUGGGUUGCCCGAUCAUAAUAGUGCAGAGGGGUGCGAUAGUCGUGGUCGUCCGUUGGAGGCCGGGUUUUUGCCUAAUUUUGCAAGACAAGUUUCACGAGGAUUGCGGUCAGUAACAAUUGAUUGGUCGGAAAAUGGGCGGGACACGGUACCAAGGUUUUUGGCAGGACUUUCGAGCGGGGUUGGAGCUGAGCGUCCAUUGGAAUCGCUAAAAGUUGUGAUUCGGUGGAGUGCAGCCAAGGCCGGACGGGUGUCGUGGCCUGUGCUGUGCGAGAUGUACUCGCGGGCGAUUGUAUCACGACAUGGAGGGACAUUACGGAACUUGGUGCUUGAUUUGGGAUUUGACAAUACAUUUGGGACAGAGACUGCUGGUGGGCAAGCUGUGCGGUUUGCAGGGCCUGGGGGUGGGGCGACGCAGACGCUUGUGAUGGGGCUUGGAGGGGCCGGGUCGUUUGUUGUGACGACGACGGGUAAUACGGCUGGCCGGGGCGGAUCUUUGGGGACGGUUGCGGCGUUAAGUAGUGGGUGUAUUCGGCAACUGGCAGGGUGCAAGGCGUUGCGAGGGUUAAGCGUUGCAGCGCCGUCGAUGGGGGUUGUUGAGGAGGUUGUGAGGGGGUUGCCGAAGCUUGAGUUUUUGAGGCUGCGCAAUUCGCAGAGCAAGCCGUACUUGGGUCAGAACACGGCGUAUUUAUUGGAAGACUGGUUGCGAUAUAAGCACAUUGUGGAAUCAUUUUGGCGGGAGCAGGGGCAAGAUGGAGGGAGCAAAGCACUUCGGUUUGUGAAGCUGGAGAGUUAUGUGUUUGAAUUACAACAACAGGACCCGGAGGUAGGGUCAGGGACGGAUCCGGUUGGGGAGAAACCCGGUGGUGGUGGUAAUAGUAAUGGUAAUGGUAGUGUGGGUUUGGGUGCCGGUGCUCGGGCCGAGGGUAGUGGUGUGGGGGGCGGAGUGAGUGUGAUUUUACGUGAAGGGCUUGGCGGAUGGUUUGCGGCGCGGUGCGAAGGCCAAUUUACACAGCCAUGA